AUGCAGCCAAGGUGCUUCAAUGGUCGAACUGCCCAAGACUUCGGUUUUCACUACCGGUCGAGUAAAAAGGCAUGGAUGACGUCGGAGGUCUUUAGCACGUACCUGAAAUCCAUAAACGAUCGAAUGGUUUCGGAAGGGCGCAAGAUCCUGCUGCUUUGGACAACGCUCCCAGCCAUGAUCGUGAAGCUGGUGAAGCCUCAGGAUGUGGCCAUUAUUGCCUCGUUCAAGGCGAAAGUCAAGGAGCGGCAACUGAAGAACGCCUUGGACCAGAUUGACUCGGUGACGGCAGGGCGCCAGGACAGGCUCUACGAAGGCGGGUGCUUAUUCUUUAACAAGUGCCACGCCGAUCGCCGCGCUCCCAACGACAAGCACAUGAACUGGGUGUUUUGGGGCGAAGAGUACCUUCGCAGCAUGCAAUUGUGGACUCGUGGCUACGACUUGUACUCGCCUUCCAAGUACGGCCACGUCGUGUUUCACAACUGGUCGGACGACAAGGGGAUGAAGAAGCAGUUCUGGGACAAUGUGACGCAACUUGCGUACAAUCAAUUUCGGAUGGUGCUGACACUGCCGUUCAAAGGUCCGGUCGACGCCGAAGAGAUCGACAAGUACCACGGAGGCAAGGUUCGGUCGGUGCAGCAGUUUCUCAAGUUUUCUGGCAUUUCCAACACAAAUCCAGCCUUGGACGAAUUUCGAUGCGAACAAUUACACUGGGUCCCGUACGCCGUUCCUGAAAUCAUCGAAGCGUUUCUGCCGGAUUACACGAUGCGACCAAUUCCUGUGCCGAACGAAACCAACCGAACGACAGGUGUCGAUGGAACGUUGGGCCACCAAGAGGAUAUCGUGGUUCAGCGCCUACAUCAGCUCGAGGCGCUGAAAGUACCGUCCACAGACCAAUUACAGCACCUUCGCGAAAUACGCCAUGAGAUCGCUUCGCUCAACCAACCGCACGAAGAUCUGUGGCCGCUUGCGUUUGUCUGGCUUGGCGUGAUUUCGGUGUGGCUCGUGUACAAGAAUAGGCGAAAUGCAGAUGUUGCGGGAGGAUCCACAACUCCUUAA